AUGUGUUUCACCGGCGGUAGCCGCAGUGACUUCGUCCACGAGCGGGACACUAUGCAGAUCUUUUCAAUCAAAGUCGAGGCGAUAAGAGGGGGCUUGCAGUGGCCACUGGAUGUGUACGGCAUGGUCGCCGCCCGUGACGUGGUGGAUCACAAUCGUAAUAUCAUCUUCCAUCGCGAAAGAGACAACUGCCAAAGAAUCACCGAGGAGAAUCCUUACCUUGCACUAACAGGCCCCACUUGCGCUAUCUUGUUGUCCGUCGACCCUACAUACGUCGAGGUUGAUCUGAAGGUUGUGCCAAUAGCCAUAUGAUAGUCUCAAGGUUGCGAGAUGGAGAAGAUCGAGUACAAUGAAGAAGAUAGACGAAGACGAU